CCACCUGUUGGGGGCGUUAGUAUCUACAAAACAGCUCGAAUGACAUGGCUCAGAAUAUCAUCUUUAGUCCUUGAGGAGAAACUAAAGGAGAAUGUCACAGGAACCUCGGAGAUGCUCUCUUUGGCUGUUUCUUUUCCUGAGCCAUGGAGUGGCAAGUUACAGAGCUUCAGACUCCUGGCAGGAUUUGCAUCCGUUGGUGCAAAAGAUGGCGGAAGAAAUAAUAGAUGGAAGCUACCUGAAUGCAUUGCUGGAUCUCAUACAGUUUCAAAGCUCCCACGUGUGGACGGCGGACCUGUCGCACAGAGUCCUGGCCUAUCUGAAUUCACGGCACGUUGCCUUCACCAUCCCCAGCCUGCAGGCAGCCAUGGCAAACCACCUGGAGCAGCGUUUGUACCAGCCCCAGAAGCUGCUGGAGGACCUGAGGGGAACAGACACUCCGCAGUUCCACACCGCCAUGAAAUAUCUCUUGGAAGACAAGAAGGACCGCCUGGAGUUGGACGACAUCGUUAUUGACUUGGGAGAGAUUCGGAAACAAGCCUUGCAGAGCCCGGGUGUGAACCGCAGCCUGUUUCUCAUCACGCUGGAGAGGUGUUUCCAGGUGCUGAAGCCCCUGGAUUGUGUGGAGAUCCUGGGCAGCGUGCUGAGGGGGUCCUCAGGCCGCUUUCUCCAGCCGGACAUCACGGAGAGGCUCCCGUGGGACCUGCGUGAAGACGCCUUCAAGAACCUGUCUGUGCUGUUCAAAGAUCUCUAUGACCAGACCUCAGCACACGCCCAGAGGGCUCUCUACUGCUGGAUGACUGGGGUUUUGAAGACAUCCUCCAAUGUGACUGAUGACUCUGUUUCAUGGGUCAGUGCAGAAAACUUAUGGAUUUUGGGCAGAUACAUGGUUCACCUAUCCUUUGAAGAAAUUAUGAGAAUUAGUCCCAUCGAAAUUGGGCUGUUUAUCAGCUAUGACAACGCUACCAAGCAGUUGGACACGGUUUAUGACGUCACACCUGAACUGGCCCAGGCGUUUCUGGAGAGGAUCAGCUCCUCCAACUUUGACAUGAGGAAUACCUCUACCAUCCACAGGCUGGGGCUGCUGGUUUGUUUCUACGAUGACCUGGAGCUGCUGGACGCUGCUGUGGCCCAAGUCCUGCUCCACCAGAUGAUCAGAUGCAGCCACCUGAGGGGCUUCCAGGCUGGUGUUCAGAAGCUCAAAGCUGAGCUCCUGGAAAUUGCCACGGAGAACCAGACCCUCAAUGAGACUCUGGGCUCUUUGUCGGAUGCGGUCGUGGGCUUGACCCACAGUCAGCUGGAAUCCCUCUCCCCCGAGGCUGUGCACGGCGCCAUCUCGACCCUCAGCCAGGUCUCCGGCUGGGCCAGGAGCCAGAUCAUCAUCUUGUCUGCCAAAUACCUGGCCCACCAGAAGGUGCUGUCCUUCUACAACGUCAGUCAGAUGGGCGUGCUGCUGGCUGGGGUCGGCACGCAGGCCUUCCACGCCAUGGACCGCAGGGACCUCAUGCAGCUCCUAAGAAGCGCCACCUCCCUGCACGUGUCCGACUUGUCGCCUGCCCAGCAGCACGGUGUCCUGAGCAAGGUGAUGGAAGCAGAAGAUACUGCCUCUGGCAUUGUUGAAAUACAGGGGCCUUUCUUUAAGGAAGUGUCUCUCUUUGAUUUAUGGAGGGAACCUGGAUUCAACUCCACAGUCCUGAAGGAAAAGAAGAUCCGGAGGAGUCAGGCCUUGUUCCUGUUUGAGUUUCUGUCAAAGACGACCCGGAGGCCCGAGGAACUCCUGAGUGCAGGGCAGCUGCUCAAAGGUGUGACGUGCCCCCACAUUGAGGCCAUGAGCGCCGACUCCUUUCUGGCUCAUUUCCAGUAUUUCGAGAACAACUUCUCUCUGCUUUCACCGUAUCAGGUUAACUGUUUGGCGUGGAAAUACUGGGAGGUUUCCAGGUCCUCUAUGCCACUCUUCCUCUUGGCUGCACUCCCGGCUCGCUACCUGGCUUCUAUCCCUGGUUCUCGGUGUGUGCCCUUCCUGAUCAGCCUGGGGAAGAGUCAGCUGGACUCCUUGGUUUUGGAUUUCCACAAAAAAAAUUCCAUCCUCAAGAAAGUGCAGCAGUGCCUGAGCCACACCAUUGCUGACGAGUACGCCGUGGACAUCCUGGGGAACUUGCUCUGUCACCUCCCGGCAGCCGUCAUCCACCGCGGGUUGUCCCCCAGAGCCUGGGCCACAGCCCUGCGUGGCCUCAGAGACUGCCUGGACCUCAGUCCCCAGCAGAAGGCGGCGGUGAGGCUGAGGCUCCUGGAACAGCAUGGACUGCCCCAGAACUGGACAGCCGAGACAGUGAAGGAUUUGGGAUCCUUUCUAGUGCUUUUCUCAGGAGAUGAAUUAAGCUCUGUUGCCACAAAGUUUCCUGACAUCCUUCAACAAACAGCUUCCAAGAUGGCCGGGACUCUGCCCCCUAAAGAAUUCCUCCAGGCUGUCUUUGAAUCUGUUCGGAACAGCAGUGUGGAGAACCCCAGCUCUGACCCCAGCCCUGGUUGCCAUGGCAUCGUGGCUCCCUCUUUCGAUGACAUCGUCAAGCUGGCUGAAGCCAAUGCCUGCUGGGCCCCCGAGGACCUGCUCUGCCUGGAGGAGGACACGUUUCUCAGGAGUGUGGAGCUGCUGGGGGCCGUCAGGAGCUUCAGCCUGGCUCAGCUGAGGAAGCUGAAGGAGAAGGCAGUACAGGUUUGGGACAUGCCUUCUUACUGGAGAGAGUACCAUAUUGUUUCCCUGGGGCGCAUUGCUCUGGCUCUUAAUGAGAGUGAGCUGGAGCAGCUGGAUCUCAGUUCCAUCGAUACCGUGGCUUCCCUCAGCCAGCAGACAGAGUGGACCCCAGGGCAGGCUAAAUCCAUUCUGCAAGGGUUUCUGGAGGAUUCAGGCUAUAGUGUCCAGGAUCUGAAGAGCUUCCACUUGGUAGGACUUGGUGCAACUCUGUGUGCCAUGAACAUC